GCCGCCGCCGCCGCCGCCGCCGCCGCCACCACCACUACCACCAACGCCACCGAGGCCGGGCCCCUCCGCAAGACUUCCCUCAAGAAGGGAUCACGGCUGGUGGAGAAGCGUCAGGCCAAGUUCAUGGAGCACAAACUCAAGUGCACGAAGGCGCGCAACGACUAUCUGCUCAGCCUGGCCAGUGUCAAUGCUGCUGUCAGCAACUACUACUUGCAUGAUGUCUUGGACCUCAUGGAUUGCUGUGACACAGGGUUCCACUUGGCCCUGGGUCAGGUGCUUCGGAGCUACACAGCUGCUGAGAGCCGCACCCAAGCCUCCCAGAUGCAGGGCCUGGGCAGCCUGGAAGAGGCGGUGGAGGCCUUAGAUCCUUCAGGGGACAGGGCUAAGGUGCUGGAGGUGCACGCAGUCGCCUUCUGUCCCCCACUUCGAUUCGACUACCAACCCCACGAAGGGGAUGAGGUGGCUGAGAUCCGGGUUGAGGUGGAGCUGCGGGACGAGAUUCUGCCCAGAGCCCAGAAUAUCCAGAGCCGUCUGGACCGACAGACCAUCGAGACAGAGGAGGUGAACAAGACUUUGAAAGCCACGCUGCAGGCCCUGUUGGAGGUGGUGGCAUUGGAAGACGGGGACGUGCUUGACUCCUUCCAGGCCAGUCCCUCUACCGAGUCUCUCAAGUCCACCAGCUCGGACCCAGGUGCCCGGCAGGCUGGCCGGAGGCGGGGCCAGCAGCAAGAGACCGAGACCUUCUAUAUCAUGAAGCUGCAGGAGUAUCUGAGUGGACGGAGUAUCCUUGCCAAGCUGCAGGCCAAACAUGAGAAACUGCAGGAGGCCAUUCAGCGAGGUGACAAGGAGGAGCGGGAGGUGUCUUGGACCCAGUACACACAGAGAAAAUUCCAGAAGAGUCGCCAACCCCGCCCCACCUCCCAGUAUAACCAGAAACUCUUUGGGGGAGACAUGGAGAAGUUUAUCCAGAGCUCGGGCCAGCCUGUGCCCCUGGUGGUGGAGAGCUGUAUCCGCUUCAUUAACCUCAAUGGCCUGCAGCAUGAGGGCAUCUUCCGAGUGUCGGGUGCCCAGCCCCGGAUCUCAGAGAUCAGAGACGCUUUCGAGAGAGGGGAAGACCCACUGGUGGAAGGCUGCACGGCCCAUGACCUGGAUUCGGUGGCAGGUGUGCUGAAGCUGUACUUCCGGAGCCUGGAGCCCCCACUGUUCUCCCCCAACCUGUUCGGAGAGCUUCUGGCUUCCGCGGAGCUGGAGGCCAUGGAAGACCGGGUGGAGCUUGUGAGCCGCCUCCUGGCCCUGCUGCCUGGACCGGUGCUGGUGGUUCUGCGUUAUCUCUUCACCUUCCUCAACCACCUGGCCCAGUACAGCGAUGAGAACAUGAUGGACCCCUACAACCUGGCCGUGUGCUUCGGGCCGACGCUGCUGCCCGUGCCCGCUGGGCAGGACCCGGUGGCCUUGCAGGGCCGGGUGAACCAGCUGGUGCAGACGCUCAUCCUGCAGCCCGCACGAGUUUUCCCACUUCUGACCCUGCUGCCAGGCCCCGUCUACGAGAAGUGCAUGGCACCGCCUUCCGCCAGCUGCCUGGGGGACACCCAGCCGGAGGGCCUGGCGGGGGAGAACGAGCCGGAGCUAGAAGCUGGAACCCCGACCCAAGAGGAUGUCCCGGAGGGCGUCGUGGAGGCCGUGGCCUGCUUUGCCUACACGGGCCGCACGGCCCAGGAGCUGACCUUCCAGCGAGGGGAUGUGCUACGGCUGCACGAGCGGGCCUCAGGCGACUGGUGGCGGGGCGAGUGCGUGGGCACCGGCGCCCGGGGCCUCAUUCCUCACAAGUACAUCACACUGCCCGGGGGGGCAGAAAAGCACUUGAGCCAGGGGUCGCCGGCUGCAGGGGACCUGCUGAGUAGUCCAGAGGGCCUCCUGGAGUCUGUUCAUCGGCCAGAGCCAUGCACCCCACCCGGGGGCCCUUCUGGGCACAGACGGCACUGCUUGGUCCCAACCUCCCCAGAGCGACAUGUGGAGGUGGAUAAGGCCGUGGCACAGACCAUGGACUCGGUGUUUAAAGAGCUCUUGGGAAAAACCGCUGCCCGCCAGGGCCUUGGGCCAGCAGCCACCAACUCCCCCAGCUCCGGGGCCCGCAGCCCGAAGCCUCCAGGCUGCAGCCGCCUUGGCAAGAACAAAGCCUCCUGAGGCCCCCAGACCCCAGCGAGGCCAGCCUCACCCUCAGCAUCGCAGCCCCAGGGCCUGGACUCGCCCCUCAAGCCGGGGCCGCACUGAGGUGCUGCCGGCUCUUCUGUGGGCCCCGCCUCACCCUAAGCAGCCAGUGGUGAGACGGGCCACCCUCCCCAGGCCCUUUGCUUCUCCUUGGCCCUGUCCAGCAAGCACUGAGCACUUACUCUUGACCUUUUGCAGAGAGGAGAACGUAGCUGCCCAAAUGAUGCCCUUGCCCGCCCCCAGCCCUGGCUUAGACCCGUUUGGGAGGCAGCCCAGGAAGGAGGCUGGGGGCGGGCCCCUCCCUGGCUUUGCUGUGAGGGCUUAUCAGUGGCUGUUGGGUGACAGGUACCCUUGCUCAGAUGAGCAGGCCUGCCAAGUGCCCAGGCCCGUGUCUGCCUUAGCCGAAGGGGUAAGGCCGACAGAGGUUCACAAGCAUUGGUAGGCAUUCAUAAAGACUUGUGCAUUGAC